AUGGAUUUAACCCGCAAGCCACAUCAGUCCCGAAAUUCCUUGGCAUCAGUACAUUCGCCAAGUAACAGAAGGCAGUCGAUUUCUGCACAGAUCAGUCGAUCAGCUCGUAGAUUUUCAGCAGCGGUUGCUCCACAACUGACCAAACUAGAACCGUUACCAAUGCUACAGAAUUAUUCUUUGCUCAAUUUUCGAAUAGUGGAUAUUAAACAGUUCAAUACGGCUAUCGAGCAAUAUGCUGUUCAUGGCUGCGUCCAAUUUGAACCAAUUGAAUUUGAAAUUACAACUAAUAGCGAUCAAAGAAUACUGAAAAUACUGCUUACACCAGACGAAAUGACGCUAAACGAUGGUGUAAGAAAGAUAUUGACAUUGAGUUUCCAUGACUCAAAUAAUGAUGACAAUGGCACUCCCAUGUCACAAGUAAAACAUCCGUUAACAGGACUUAAAGUUUUUGAAUUUAUUGAGCUGCCUUUGACAAAUGUUGUUCAAAUUUUCUCCUCCAUUGACAGCUGCGAACGCUGCCUGAUUUAUCCAGAAACAAAUAUUUGGCUUCGUAUGCUUAACACUUGUGGUUGUUUCUUCACCAAUACACAAUGGCACUUUAAAAAAGAAGGGAUCGUCUAUGCGACAGUACGACCAAAUGGAAAAGUUUUAAAAGAAAAUUCACUGAGAGUUGAGUGGACUGAGCAGUGCAACAACGACUUACGACUAUUAGUGGUCGCCUUUGCCAUGACGUUACUCGUGCGCGAAGCAUUUUCUGCACUUAUACAUAUUCUACGUGAAAGAAGAAUAAGAAAGUCAUAA